UCUGUCCAUACGAAACUCACAAUACCACUCUUAAGGAAAACUCAUAUUAUAGCGAGCAAAAUGCAUCCGAAGCAGUAUUUCAACAGCUUACAGGUCCUGCUACUGGUGUCCCUCUGCACCUUCGUUUGUACCUCCAAAGGGUCUCUCACGCCAUUCAUUGAUCGUCCCGGGAGCCUAUUGAGCGAUCUCUGGUUGGACCCAUUUCGAGUACUCGAACAUGUCCCUUUCGAGCUCGAGAAGGACGCCAGUAUGGCACUCUCUCCAGCCAAAGUAGACUGGAAAGAAACACCAGAAGGUCAUGUCAUAAUGAUAGACGUUCCAGGUCUGAAGAAGGAAGAGCUGAAGAUAGAGAUGUUGGAGAACAGAGUGAUCAGAGUGAGUGGAGAGAAGAAAAAAGAGGAAGAGAAAAAGGGUGAUCAUUGGCACCGUGUGGAGAGGUCUUAUGGUAAGUUCUGGAGGCAGUUCAAGUUGCCAGAUAAUGUUGAUUUGGAGUCUGUUGAGGCUAAGCUUGAGAAUGGUGUGCUUACUCUGACUCUGGCUAAGUUUUCUCCUGAUAAGAUCAAGGGUCCUAGGGUGGUGAGUAUUGGUGGAGGAAAACAAGAGCAAGAAUCAGCACCCAAGCUCAAGGCAUCUGAUGACGCCAAACAGGAGCUUUAAAACCUCCAAAUUGUCUUAUCUAUGAGAGUGUGAGGCCUAUCAGGGAAUGAGUUUUCUCCUGUUAGUGAAUAAGAUUGAGCUGUGUUUUUGAACUUCCGUGUCAAAUAUGUAUGUUUUUGCCUUUUUUUUUUUUAUCAAUGUUGAAGAAUAUGAAUAUCAAAGUACCUCUAAGAACGACAUUUAUAAUA